AUGUCUUCGAACAUCGAGAAAGUCGCCAUCGCCAUCAACCUCUUCGGCGGGCUCGUCCAGAACGGGCACACCUCGCGCGACGAGGUGCCGGACCGGUUCCCCGAGUGCGACGUCUUCGUUCCCUUCGCCACGGACGACGUCUACGCUGCAUCCGGGCGUGUCGCGGGCAUAAAGCUCAAAUACGCAUCGAAAAGCACGGGCUGGCAGUGGACGGUCUUGCUGGACGGUGACAGAGAGGUGCUCGGCACUGUCUUCCUCGUGAACAACAAAACAACCAGCGGCAUGAAGCUCACCGAUACCGCCGGCCGCCUGAUGCUGCUCGACGCGCUGGAGAAGUCGGUCCGAACUGGCGGGGACAGCUGCACCCUGGAGAUCGGCGGCGAGAGCACCGUGCACAUUGCGGGCAAGGUCCCGGGCACCCAGGCGACCCUGCCCGUGAAGGAGAUCGUGCUCAAACGCGCUUCGAAGCGAGGGUCGGAGCAGUUCUGGCGCUACAUGUGCGGCGCGCAGAAAUGUGGACGAGUCUUUGAAGAGGGGAGUCUGUGCACGAAACACUACGAGGAAAUCGUCGAAGAGCCCGAGGUUGAAGGUGGGGACAAGUGA